AUGUCCAAGAAAUCACUUCAAAUUCAAAGCCCUGCGAAGAAGGGAUUGAGUCAAGGAUCAAAGCACCCGGCUUUCCCCAAGACUGCAGAAGAGGUGUCGACGUUCUUGGCCCAAUCUCAACUCAAGGCGGAAGAAUUUAUGAAGAAAGCGGCGGCAGGAAGCAGCGAUGUAGCGAUGGAGGAGACUAAUCUCUCAAUUCUUACAGAGAAGACGCCUCAGACCUCCAAUCUGGCUGUGACUCCGACGGAUCUUCAAUCGUCGAAUUGA